UUUUUUCCUCACUUUUGGGAACGAUUCUUCUUCUCCGGCGCCUCUCCUUUGUCCUCGCUUCGUCGUCUGUGAAUCGAUUCAGAUUAAGAAGAAAUGUCACGAGCCACGUACAUAGUCGGUGCCCUUGCGGGAUCUGCUGUUGUAGCCUACAUCUGUGACAAAGUCAUUUCUGAUAAUAAGAUUUUCGGAGGAAGUACGCCGGGAACUAUAACUAACAAGGCAUGGGGGGUUGCGACCGAAGAGAGGCUCCAAGCAUGGCCUAGAACCGCUGGUCCUCCCGUUGUCAUGAACCCUAUCAGUCGCCAGAACUUCAUCGUCAAGUCCCGCCCUGAAUAACUCUCAUUCGUUAUGGAUUUUGAUUCAUUGCGAUAUUUGGCUUUUGAUUUUGGCUUCUUUCUUUUCCUUCCUUUGAUUUGAGACUCGGCUAUUUUCUCUAGCUGGUCUGUAGUAAUAAGUUGUGAUGGAUGUAGGUACACAU